AUGGAGUGGCGAGGAAGACGAUAUAGACCAAGACGAUGUUUACAACUUGCUCAACUAAUUGGGCAUAUCCCUGAGCCCAGUGUGCUAGAGCCUCAACAAGAAGAAACACCAGCUGAAAGUCGGGAUCCUACACCUGAUCAGAAGAGAGAAGAUCAGGGUGCAGCUCAGAUUGAAGUGCCUGACCUGGAAGCUGAUCUCCAGGAUCUGUCUCAGUCAAAGACUGGGAUUGAAUGCGGAGAUGGUCCUGAUGUCCAGAGGAAGAUUCUGCCAAAACCAUAGCAAUUUAAAA